CAGCAGUAGCAGCACAGCAAGAAGCGAGUCGUCUCGUCGUUGAAGCUGUGCAAGAGAAAGAAAGACAGGCGUAGCACACAAGCUCAGCGGAGUAUAUACUUUAUACACACGCACACACAAAAGAAAAGAUCAGUAUUGCUCUUGUGUGUAUAUAACGCAGACGAUCAGUUUUUCAUCGAGACUCGGUGGCGAGCUAUCUCGUGCCUGUCCGUAUAGGUGAACCUUGUGCGUGAAAGCCGCGCAAUUGCGUCAGUAUCUUUGUAUACAAGUGGACCCAUGAAAAGAGCAACGCGUGUCGUGAAACCAAAAAACUGCAGUUUCAGUGCUGGGGAUAGAAGCAGAAGCGUCGACGACAGUUCAUAUACAUAAUAUAAUGCGCGCUAGAUGCAGCAGCGUGCAGUCGAGCGUCUUGUGAGUGAGUGAGAGAGAAAGAGAGAGAGAAAUUGCAAUGGAGCCCAAGUGCAUCGCUGCCAAUGGCAUUUAGGAUCGUAUGCAACGACGACAUCAACAACAACAACAACAGUAGGAGCAGCAGCUGCAAUGGUCAGGAUUAACAGUCGUCAAUGACGAAAGUGCGAUACAGUCGAAUGAUCAUUUGAAUAUAUCGACGUAGACUGCCGAGGAGAAAACUGCCAGCUGUACACGGCCAACUGACUCUGUGCUCAAUACGCGCCUAAAUGCACUCGUAGCUAGGCAGACGGAGAAUAGAUGUACGACGUCGAGAGAUAGCUCUGGAUUUCGAGAGUCUUUCUCGCGAUCAUAGCACGCAUUAUAUCUCGAAAAAAUUCGAAAGCUCAAAUGGUCGCAGCCGAAACAAGUAGUUGCUCUCGCGGGACAGCGCAUUAGGAUUAAUUGUACAGAUCAUUGAAUAAAAAGUGCGAACUGUCGAGUGAGCUGCCCCAUGAAAUUGACGAAACGAGCCGUUGCAGCAGUACCACGACGACGACGAAGAAAACGAAAACGGCAUUGUCCUGCAGUAGCAGCAGCAGCUGACGAUCGAAAUCAUCACUGUCAUCAUCAUCAGCAGCAGCAGCAUCAUCGCUCGUUCGCAACGAGCACGUGAUAGCAAUUCGAAAAAUCUUACGGAUCAAGCUCGAUAUUCAGCUAACUGCAUCAAAGCGCCGUAACCAAUGGCUCUCCGCAUAAUGUCGACGAUACUCUCCGUCGAGGACGACAAUUUCUCAGGCAGCGGCGGGGCGAUUCGUCGACGAGGACAGAGCAACGGCAGCAGCAACAGCGAGGGAUCGUCGUCGUCGAGCAGCCACCAGGACAAAGCCUUGGCGCGAGAACGCGAGGAGGUGCAGCGGGAGUUGCUCGGAGCCGCGCAACAGGUCCGAGAGCGCUUCAACGGGCGCGAGUUGGCCACCGAAGCCGACAGAUGCGUGGCUAGGCUCUGCGGCGCCCUGGAGCGGGCCCUGGGACACGGACUGCGGCCCGCACCGGCGCCCGGCUUGGUCUCCUCGGCACUGGGUCAGCUGUCCGAGCUGGUGGGCGUCGGUUCCGCCGGCAGCAGUGGCUUCGCGAGCUCCUCGAGGCCCGGCAGCUUGGCCAGCUUUUGGCAGCUGGCGCGGGAUCAUUUGAUCACCAGGCACGAGCGCGAGCGUUUCGAGACUCUCCGACACGUACGCACGGAUGCAGGCCGUGCUCGAGCUUGGAUACGCUCCGGUCUGAACGAGCGAAGCCUCGAGCGUCAGAUUCUGGGUCUGCUGGCUCUGCCGCAGUCGGAUCUUUUGGAGCACUAUCUGCCCGGAGCGUUGCUGCUGGACCCGCAGCUGACGGAGCCUCUGCCGGGAAUGGCGGCCGACUUGGCCACUGUCCUCUUCGCCGUGCGCAUCGACCUCGAACUGCUGGAUCAGCCGGAGGUCGCGACGACGGCACCCCCGGAGCCGGUGAUCGAGGCGCCGACGCUGCAGCCACCGAUGCAGCCACGACGUCAGAUCGCGGCGCGUCUGGUGCGUCUGGACGACGACGACGACGACGACGAGGAAGACGACAGCAGCAGCGGAGCCCUGGCGACGGCCACGGCCUCGAACGACGAGGUGCUGCAAGCGCGGCUACUGACGCCUCUGGCCGAUCCGGAGCACCUGGGCAGUCUGGAGCCGGUGAUACCGUACGCCGAGUCGCCACCGACUCCGUUGCCGGCCAUCGAGGCCAUCGAGGAUCAAGUCUCGCCACCGGCCGGUUUCGAGACCGAGUCGAAUCCGCGGAUAGCCGCACUGGCCGAGCUGCUGGAGCAGGCGCGCGACGACGCUCUGGCCAGUCGACAGCAAUUGGCUCGGCUGCAGCGCCAGCAACAGAACUACCUGGACCGCCACGAGCUCCAGGAGCAGAGCUUGCGACGCGAGAACGAGCUGCUUCGCCAGCAGCUGCGCAAGUACGUGAGCGCCGUGCAGAUGCUCAACGACCGGGCUGCCCUCGGCGAGGACGACCAACAGCAGCAGCAGCAGCAAUCGCGCUCCGUCCUGGAGCAGUGUCCCGAUUAUCACCACGAGUCGAAGGAGUACGAGCGCAAGCUCGUCCAGGUGGCCGAGAUGCACGCCGAGCUCAUGGAGUUCAACGGCCGGCUGACGCGCCAACUCGGCGAGCGCGAGCACGAGGUCAGACUGCUGCGCGCCGAGCUCGAGUGCCUGCGCGGACCCGUCGAGGACCAGGACGACCGGAUCCUGCGGCCCCUCGAGCCGGCCUGCCUCAUCCACAUCUGGAUACCCUCGGUCUUCCUCACCGGCCAGCCGUCCGAUCUCCACCACGUCUACCAGAUUUACAUUCGCAUCAAGAGCACCGAGUGGAACAUCUACCGGAGGUACGCGCAGUUUCACGCGCUCAAUCGCAAGCUCAAAAAGAUCGAGCCCGUCGUCUCGACUUUCGAGUUUCCACCCAAGAAGACCAUCGGCAACAAGGACCCAAGGUUCGUGGAGGAACGUCGUCAAAAGUUGCAGCUCUGGCUGAGACGCAUCGUCAACCGAAUAUCGCACUGCUCAGCCGCCUUCACGGCACAGCCAGUCAAACAAACUCUCGUUAUGCUCCUGCCAUUCUUCGGCGAUUCGCCAGACGAACCAGACAUCAAACAGACAAGGUCCGCCAGAAAUGCUUACUCGUCCUCGCCGCAAUACAUGGGUUUGUAAUUGCGAUCGACAUUUUUGUGCUCUUUAGUAUGUAAGUGUGAUUGUGUAUGUGUAUAUACGUGAAACGUGUACUGUAAAUACAGAAGGACGACUCUUAUUUUAUUCAUAAGUACAUUUUUCCAUUAGUAGUAUAACUGCGUGUACAAAUUUGAGAAUUUAUAGUUAGUGCAAUCCUUGUAUAUGGUAUUCCAAUGUGGAGACGCGAUAAUUUCUAAGUUUUUUGGAAGAUGUAUUUUUUAUUCUGGGUGAUUUGAUUGGUGACAAGACCAUUUUUUUCAUUUUUCUCCCGUGUUUCUUAUACAUAUUUACGCAACGUUUUUUCAUCGUUGUAAUUGGAGUAUUAUUAUAGUGCCUAAGAUGAUAAUUAUAAGAUAUUAUUGAUAUGGAUUGUAUCAUUAUUAUUAUUUAUAAAUAAUUAUUUGAAAUAACAUCAUACAUGUAAUGAUAUUAAUAGAUAGUCUAAAUGAUGGAAAAAAUUAUUAAUUAAAAGCUGGACUUUUAUACAAUUAAA